AUGAAAUUCUGUCUCCUGGUGUUGUUGAGUCUGAUUGUAGUUUCUGAUGUGCUCUGUGUUACAGUGAUACAGGGUCAGUAUGGCUGGGGAGUGACUUACACCUCUACUCAGAUCUGUGCCUUAAAAGGAUCAACUGUGGAAAUAAGCUGCACCUACACAUACCCAUCCAGAAGAAAUGGCCGUGAUACUAUAGUUCAGGAAACAUUCUGGUUUACUCAGAUGAAUAGAUAUGUACCUGUGGAUCUGAGAAAAGACUCAAGAUACACAGGUCGUUUGCAGUACAGUUGUUCUAACAACAUCUGCACUCUGAGAAUCACAGACCUGAGAGAGAGCGACUCAGCUCAGUACAAGUUCAUGUUCAUAACAAACCAGCCAGAUGGAAGAUUUACUGGUUCACCUGGAGUCACUUUGUCUGUCACAGAUCUCCAUGUGCAGCUCAGCAACCAACAGCUGCUUUGUCACAGCAGCUGUCGUCUACCUGAUCGUCCUUCCUACGUCUGGUACAAGAAUGGACAAACAUUUCUGAAAGAAACAUCUUAUUCAGAUGACAUUUCUACUGCAGACAGUUAUUCCUGUGCUGUGAAAGGACUGGAGGGUUUCCCCUCUCCUUCAGUGUGUGUCUAUGGUCAAACCUGCAACAGAGUGACUUACACUGACAGAAGCAUCUGCGCCUUCAAAGGCUCAUCAGUGGACAUUUCUUGUAUUUACAACAGUUAUUCCACAUAUAUCAGAUCUAAAUUCUGGUUCAGACCUGAACGUAGUCUUCAGUGGCAGAAUCCCUCACAGCCUGAGGACCUUAGUAAAGACUCCCAGUAUGCAGGUCGUGUUCAGGUCCUUGACACACAGAGAGGACGCUCCACUCUGAGAAUCACUGACCUGAGAGAGAGCGACUCAGCUGAGUAUCACUUCAAAUUCAACACAUGGAGCUUUGAAUGGAGGAGUAGUUUACCUGGUACAACUCUGACUGUCACAGAUCCAGAUCUCCAGGUGCAGGUGAUCAGAUCAACAGUCUACAAGCAUUAUACUGAUGCAGACCUGCUUUGUCACAGCAGCUGUCGUCUACCUGAUCGUUCUUCCUACAUCUGGCUCAAGAAUGGACAGAAAAUUCAGAGAGAAACAUUUUCUUCUUAUUCAGUCAGGAGUUAUUCUGCAGACAGUUAUUCCUGUGCUGUGAAAGGGCUGGAGGGUUUCCCUUCUCCUUCAGUGUGUGUCCAUGGUCAAACCAGCAACAGAGUGACUUACACUGACAGAAGCAUCUGUGCCAUCAAAGGCUCAUCAGUGGACAUUUCUUGUACUUAUAACAGUUAUGAAACUAUCACAUCUAGAUCCUGGUUCAGUCCUGAACGUAGUCUUCAGUGGCAGAAUCCCUCACAGCCUGAGGACCUUAGUGAAGACUCCCAGUAUGCAGGUCGUGUUCAGGUCCUUGAUACAGAGAGAGGACGCUCCACUCUGAGAAUCACUGACCUGAGAGAGAGCGACUCAGCUGAGUAUCACUUCACAUUCACAGCAGGAAGCUUUGAAUGGAGGAGUAGUUUACCUGGUACAACUCUGACUGUCACAGAUCCAGAUCUCCAGGUUCAGGUGAUCAGAUCAACAGACUACACAUAUAAUCAGGCAGAGCUGCUUUGUCACAGCAGCUGUCGUCUACCUGAUCGUCCUUCCUACGUCUGGUUCAAGAAUGGACAGAAAAUUCAGACCGAAAUAUCUUUUUCUUAUUCAGGCUACUUCUAUUAUCCAGACAGUUAUUCCUGUGCAGUGAAAGGACUGGAGGGUUUCCCCUCUCCUUCAGUGUGUGUCCGUGGUCAAACCUGCAACAGAGUGACUUACACUGACAGAAGCAUCUGUGCCUUCAAAGGCUCAUCAGUGGACAUUUCUUGUACUUACAACAGUUAUGACACUAUCAGAUCUAAAUUCUGGUUCAGUCCUGAACGUAGUCUUCAGUGGCAGAAUCCCUCACAGCCUGAGGACCUUAGUGAAGACUCCCAGUAUGCAGGUCGUGUUCAGGUCCUUGAUACAGAGAGAGGACGCUCCACUCUGAGAAUCACUGACCUGAGAGAGAGCGACUCAGCUGAGUAUCACUUCAAAUUCAACACAUGGAGCUUUGAAUGGAGGAGUAGUUUACCUGGUACAACUCUGACUGUCACAGAUCUCCAGGUUCAGGUGAUCAGAUCAACAGUCUACAAGAAUUAUACUGAGGCAGAGCUGCUUUGUCACAGCAGCUGUCGUCUACCUGAUCGUCCUUCCUACGUCUGGUUCAAGAAUGGACAGAAAAUGGAAAGCGUGGAGACAUCUUCUUAUAAAGAUCAGUUUUAUCCCAGAGACAUCAUCUCCUGUGCUGUAAAAGGACAUGAGGAUUUCCCCUCUCUUUCAGUGUAUGCUCCAAAGCUUCCCUCUGUGUCAGUGAGUCCCUCUGCUGAGAUAGUGGAGGGCAGUUCAGUGACUCUGACCUGCAGCAGUGAUGCUAACCCAGCAGCUAAAUACACCUGGUACAAGGAGAACCAAACUCUGCUCAGUAAAGAACCACAGCUUGUCUUCAGCUCCAUCCAGUCCUCUGACUCUGGAGAGUAUUACUGUGCAGCUGAGAACCAGCUGGGGAGGAAGACAACUAAAUACAUCAUUAAUGUGAAAU